AUGGCGAGAGACGGCCGCCACUAUGAUGCUGCGACAGAUCCGACGAGGUUGCAGCUGCGAGGGAGAAAGGGCCAAAGGCGAAAGGAAGAGGAGAGGAAGGCGGUCGUGCGGCGAGCAGCGAGCAGCGAGGAAAGGGGUUUGUGCUGCGAGCAACGAGCCGCGAGGAACGAGAAGAGGAAGGGUCGCGUAGAGCUAGGGUUUUUGAUGGGCCAUUGCGUAUUGGGGGAGGGGAAGAGACAGGGACGGGUUCUUGAUGGGCCAUUGCGUAUUGGGGGAGGGGAAGAGACAGGGACAGCCUAUGUAAUUCACGAACAAUAUUCCGUGUCAAGAUUUCGGCGGCCUCCGAGGAAAACACGGCGGCCCAGGGGAAUCGCCGAAGCCCUUAAAACUGAUCUCCUCGAAGGAAUUAGCGGCGAACCGGAUGACGUCACUCGCAGGCAAAAAGCAUUUGGUGUCAACACAUUCAAGCGGCCCGCCAAGGGCUUCUUCCACUUUUUGCUCGAGGCUUUCAAGGACCUCACGCACCUGAUUCUUCUUGUUUGCGCUGGGCUUUCGCCCGGGCUUGCGAUCAAAGAGAGCGGGCUCAGGGAAGGCUGGUACAGCGGCGGGAGCUCUUUCUUCUCAGUUUUCCUCGUGAUUGUGGUGUCCGCCGUGUGCAAAUACCAGCAGAACCGGCAGUUUGAUAAAUUGGAUGGGGCUAGCGAUAAUAUUCUCUUCGAUUUGAUAAGAAAGGGCCAGCAGCAGCAAGUGUCCAGAUCCAAGAUCGUCGUCGGAGAUGUCGUUCUUCUCAAGACCGACGAUCAAGUCCCGGCAGACGGUCUGUACAUUUAUGGGCAGCACUUGCUGGUUGACGAAUUGAGCAUGACCGGGGAGAGUGAUUGCUUAAAAAAGGACGAUCAGAAUCCAAUCCUGUUCUUUGGAACAAAGGUCGUUGAUGGGCGUGCUCGGAUGGUGGUCACAGGGGUUGGGAUGAAUACAAAGUGGGCCAAGAUGAUGAGUUCAAUCAACUGCGGCAGCAGCGAGCAGACUCCUUUACAGGCUCGGCUCAACGAGCUCACCUCGUCGAUUAGCAAAGUCGGCUUGCUAAUCAAUUUUCUGGUUCUUGUGGUCCUGCUAAUUCUCUACUUCACGGGAAAAAAUCGGGACGCAAACAGGAAACAGGAAUUCGUUCCAGGCCAAACGAUGGGUGACAAUAUCAUGAACUCUGUGGGGGGAAAAAUUGCAGCCACAGUGACAAUCAUAUCGGUGAUGAUUCCUGAAGGAUCGCCAAUUGCAGUAACACUCAUUCUUGCUUAUUCGAUGAAGAGCUUGAUGGGGGAUGGAGCGAUGGUGAGGAAGCUUUGGGCCUGCGAGACAAUGGGGUCAGCCACCACCAUUUGCAUCGACAAGACCGGCACUCUCACGGAGAAUCAGAUGAUAGUGACGAAAUUCUGGGUCGGCCAAGACACCGUGGCAGAAAACUGGUGUUCCUCUGCCUCCAAGUUUGUUGUGGAUUUGAUUUGGGACGGAGUUGCUUCGAACGCUGAGGGCAGCGUCUACAAUGCAAAGCCAUCUUCAGAAUCGGUGUGCAGGUUCUCCGGUAGUCCCACCGAGAAAGCGAUUCUUUCCUGGGCAUUUUCACAAGUAAGCAUGGACAUGGGGAAGAUAAAGAAAAGAUGUAAACUCAUCCAAGGCGAAGUCUUUGACUCGCGGAAGAAGACAAGCGGUGUCCUAAUAAUGAACAUCAUGGAUGGCACAGUCCACGUGCACUGGAAAGGAGUGGCGCAGACGAUCUUGGCAAUGUGCUCGAGCUUCUACAACCGGUCAGGGAUGGAGAAAGAUUUGAACAAAGAUGAAAGGAAGAAAUUCGAGCAGAUAAUCCAGGGGAUGGAGGCGAGCGGCCUGAGGUGCAUCGCUUUCGCUCAUAAAAAAGUCUGCACAGAAGCUAUCGAAGAAAGAAAUUACCUGAACAAGAUCCAAGAGGACAGCCUGACAUUACUAGGACUCGUUGGUAUUAAGGAACUGUGCCGUCCUGGUGUGAAUUGCGCGGUCAAAGCUUUUCAGAACGCUGGAGUGAACAUCAAGAUGAUUACGGCAGACAAUGAGUUCACUGCUAAGGCCAUCGCCAAAGAGUGCGGGAUUCUCAGGCCCGAGGAUGAUGCCUCCAAUGGAGCCAUCGUGACAGGGACUGGUUUCCGCAAAAUCCCGAGGGAGAAGAGGCCUGAAGAAGUUGAGAAAAUCCGCGUCAUGGCAAGAUCCUCCUCUUCUGAUAAGCUCUUCAUGGUUCAAUGCCUGAAGCAGAAAGGCCAUGUGGUCGCCGUCAUAGGGGACGGCAUGGACAACAUACCGGCCCUCAAGGAAGCCCAUAUCGGGGUCUCGAUGGGCAUCCAAGGCAUUGAGGUUGCCAAAGAGAGCUCGGACAUUGUCAUCAACGGCGACAACUUCUUCUCUGUGGCGGAGGUGCUGCGUUGGGGUCGAUGCAUCUAUGAUAACAUCCAGAAGUUCAUCCAGUUCAAGCUCACAGUGAACAUCGCGGCCCUUUUGAUCAACUUUGUGGCCGCAACCUCCUCCGGUGACGUCCCUUUGACAGCCAUCCAGCUCUUAUGGGUAAACCUGAUUGUGGACACGCUUGGCGCCUUCGCGCUGUCCACAGACCUGCCCACAGACCUGCCCACGUACCAGUCCACAGAGCAGACCAAGGAGGUCAUGAAUAAGCCCCCGGUGGGCUGGACCGAGCCGCUCAUAACAAACAUCAUGUGGAGGAAUCUGGUGGGACAAGCAAUUUACCAAGUGGCCGUCCUCCUCACUCUACAAGUCAAGGGCGAAUCGAUCUUUAGAGUGGACGAGGUGGUGAACCGGACGAUGAUAUUUAACGCGUUCGUCCUAUGCCAGGUCUUCAACGAGUUCAACGCGAGGAAGCUCGCGAGGAUGAACAUAUUCAAGGGCAUUCACAAGAACAAGCUGUUCCUAGGGAUCAUCUUCAUGACGGUGGUCCUCCAGGUGGGGAUGGUCGAGUUCCUGAAGCGGUUCAUGGUCACGAAGCGGUUGAGCUGGGGACAAUGGGGUGCAUGUUUCGGGAUCGUGGCCGCAUCUUGGCCUAUUGCUUGGGUCAUCAAGUGCAUUCCGGUCCCUCAUACACCAAUCUCACAGCUAAUUGAGAAAAUUAUACAGAGAAACAGUAAUUAGGUUCAGGAACGCCAAUUGUUUUUAACUCAAUUCUUCUUAAUGUACUGGUGUAUUGAAUUUCUCUUGACGCAGCGUGAUUUUUUUUUU